AUGUCUGCGACAAAGAAGACCGCUGCUGCCAAAUCGGCUGGCACCAAGAAGUCUGCCCCCCGGGCCGCCCCCACGCAUCCGUCUUGGGUUGAUAUGAUCAAGGAAUGUAUCGCUGCUCAUCCGGAAGAUGCCCGACAAGGCGUCUCACGCCCCCAGAUCAAGAAGUUUGUCGAGGACAAGUACGACCUUGAAAUCGGCAACGCACAGAUCACCCAGCUCAGCAAGGCCAUCCAGACUGGCGCUGAGAAGGGUGUCUUCGUCUUGCCGAAGGGUCCCUCUGGACGUGUUAAGCUUCCACCCAAGACGGCGCGUCCUGUUGAGGGAACCGCUGCUAAGGAGAACAAGCCUGACUCCAAGUCUGCUAAGGCUCCUGCUAAGGCCCCCGUCAAGGCCAAGCCGGCCCCCAAGGUUGCCACGAGCAAGUCCUCGACCGCGAAGAAGGCCGCUGCAGUGAAGAAGCCUGGUGCCAAGACCGCUGUCACCAAGAAGGCUGCUCCGGCUAGGUCCACCGCGAGCAAGCCCGCAGCAACUAAGGCUAAGGCGGCACCGGCUAAGAGAACCGCAGCUGCUGCCCCUAAGAAGGCACCUGCGAAGAAGGCUGCGGCUCCUAAGAAGACUACUGCUGCAGGUCGGCGUGAUACUGCUAAGAAGGCUGCGACUGGUAAGGCACCUGCAGCCAAGAAGACCGCCGCACGGAGCGCGAGGGCGAAGGUGCGUCUCGGGUUUCAUGCCACAUACUAA